GAACCUUUGGUGAAAAUGGUUCCCAUAAGGUUCCCGUCAUAGUCACAGAGCUACAGUAUACUGCAGGGAUAUAGAAAAAAAUUACAGCACAGUACAGGCCCUUUGGCCCACGAUGCUGUGCUGAACAUGUACUUACUUUAGAAGUUACCUAGGGUUACCCAUAGCCCUCUAUUUUUCUAACUGCCAUGUACCUGUCUAGGAAUCUCUUAAAAGACCCUAUUGUUUCCACCUCCACCACCUUUGCUGGCAGCCCAUUCCACCCACUCACCACUCUCUGAGUAAAAAACUUACCCCUGACAUCUCCUCUGUACCUACUCCCCAGCACCUUAAACCUGUGUCCUCUUGUGGCAACCAUUUCAGCCCUGGGAAAAAGCCUCUGACUAUCCACACGAUCAAUGCCUCUCAUCAUCUUGUAAAUCUCCUCUGCACCCUUUCUGUGGUUUCCACAUCCUUCCUGUAGUGAGGCGACCAGAAAUGAGCACAGUACUCCAAGUGGAGUCUGACCAGCAUCCUAUACAGCUGUAAAUUUACCUCUUGGCUGUUAAACUCAAUCCCACAGUUGAUGAAGGCCAAUGCAUACACCUUAACCACACAGCCAACCUGCGCAGCAGCUUUGAGUGUCCUAUGGACUGGGACCCCAAGAUCCCUCUGAUCCUCCACACUGACAAGGGUCUUGCCAUUAAUACUAUAUUCUGCCAUCAUACUUGACUUACGAAAAUGAACCACCUCACAUUUAUCUGGGUUGAACUCCAUCUGCCACUUCACACCCCAGUUUUGCAUUCUAUCAAUGUUUCGCUGUAACCUCUGAGAGCCCUCCACAAUAUCCAAAACACCCCCAACCUUUGUGUCAUCAGCAAAUUUACUAACCCAUCCCUCCACUUCCUCAUCCAGGUCAUUUAUAAAAAUCACGAAGUGUAAGGGUCCCAGAAGAGAUCCCUGAGGCACUCCACUGGUGACCGACCUCCAUGCAGAAUAUGACCCGUCUAUAACCACUCUUUGCCUUCUGUGGGCAAGCCAGUGCUACAGGUCUAACCCACCCCCAGUACAGAGGGAGAGCAGAGAGGAGACACCAGGCGGUGUCAACCAGCACCUCCACCAUUCCAUCACAGACACAUCGGCCAGUGACCUCACUAAUCUACUGGCCUUGUUCUGCCAGGAAAGGAUGCCCUUGCUCAUCAGAGCACUGGAGUGGAAGAGCCAGCAGGUGAGGAUGAAGAGGGAGCUGCUGAAGGAGAGGGAGUUGCAGGUUCUGUCUGCCCGAUACCCAGUGAAGCAUCCUUUGGCCCAAACGGAAUGGCUGUGGUCUGAAGUUCAAGCGGUGAAGACCAGACUUGUGGAGCUGCAGAUGAUGUAUGAGGAAGAGGCAGUGCUGAAUGCCCGACUCCAUGAAGUUGUCCAAUGGCUGACCCAGCAAAUGGAGAGAGAGGAAGCGCGGCACACCCAGGACUUGCUCUCCAUGGGUGAACAGAUUGAGAGAUCGAAGCUUGGAGUAUGGAUGCUGGAGGAACACAUGGGAACCGACGACAUGGAGGAGGCUUUGAAAAUUAUUCAUGAGAGCUGGAGAUCAAUGGUGGAAUUUGAAAAGAAAGCUUUUCAGGAGAACAUCGCACAGACGUAUGAUCAAAGUCUGGUGACACUGAACACCUUGCAGAUGAGCAAUCAGCUGCUUCUGAAGGAGGCGCUCUCCGAGCAGCAGCAGCUCUGCCGGUGCUCAGAGGUGCUCAGGGACCACGUCGGUGCUCUGCGGUGCAAGGUCUGGUGUGAGGAGUCACAGUGUCGGACGCUGGAGGAGACACUUGAGCAGGAGCGCAGCUGCAAUCAGUACUAUCUCCGAGCCCUGGAGCAAAGGUGUCAGGGCCUGUGGCAGCACCUACAUGGAUCGGCAGAGACAGACCAUGGUUCUUUGGCUGGGGGCAUGGAGGCAGACUUCGCCACUGUGAAGAGCAGAACAGCCAAAGAGGAUUGCUCUCAGGUGAGGGGCCACAGAGAUUCAAUGGAGAGGAGCCCCCCUCCUCCGGAGUCGGAGAGCGAAGGGAAUCCGGAAGUUGUUGCAAGAGGAUUAUUGGACCCUUCACUCUCGGCUACAGACUCCCUAAUCCCUCGCGAUCUGGCAGCAGAGGAGAAACAAAGUCCUUCACGUCUGAUGGCUGAACAACAACCCCCGUACAGGAAGGGUCUCGGUGUGAGGAUAAAACAGGUGGAUCGCAGAGGGCGCUUUGUACAACUCUACAACCCCUCCCACCUGGAGGAUGUGGAUCUGGGGGGGUGCCUCCUUCAGCAGAGUGUGGCUGGACAUCUUGUCUCCCUGUAUCAUUUCCCCAGGGGCACCAACAUCCCAGUGCAGGACCACCUCAGGGUGUGGGCAGCUGUUCCUGAUCACAGCACCAAGCGCCGAACAGAUGUUGUGUGGGAUGAACUGCAGAGGUUCCGAAGUGGAGGGGACUGUACCACCACUCUUCGUCAACCAGAUGGGCAGGUGAUUGCACAGUAUAUCCCAUCACACCGACUCUUGGCUGCGGUGAACAUCGGUGAUGAUUCGGAAGACUGGGUUUACUCUGCAUGGGAUACACAGCAGGCACCAUCAGCCGCCUCCUCACAGAGAUGGUAUCUGAGGGAGGACGAGAGGGAUUCAGGUCAUGUGGACAACAUCGCCCACCCCUCUGCGACUGGGUGUACAGAACACCAGGACUCACAGAACAGGGACAGAAGUGUUUCUGCUUGGAUCCGCUCUGUGGCUGAGCAACCUGAAUCAAACGGCUCCAGCCUCUCGGAGCGGAGCUGCCUGUGGUCCCGAGCCUCAGUCGAUUCUAAUGUCAGGAGCUACGUCCCCUCCAGCCUCCGGUCGCUGCCUCCGGACUCCCUGCCAGCUCUAACCACACCGGCUUCACCCAGCCCACCGUCAGCGACCCCAACACCCCGACUGUCCACGGAUGCAGAAAGACCAGAAUCAGUGGUCUGUGCGUUACAUUUGGCAAGGAUCCGAUCACUGACAGGACGGAUGACCGAGAGGAACGCUCGGCCAAGGUUUGGCCUGAGGUUUAUGAGCCACCCACCCAUCACCACCGACUUUCGCCACAGCAGGAGAUGAAGGAGCCCAUGAGCACUGAGGAUUGGCGGGGGGGGGGGGAGUUCAUUCAGCCCAUCGAUCUGCCCGCUCCUGCCAUGAGGUUCACACCAGGGCGUUCCUCACUGUCUCCAUGUUUCUCUCUAAGUGUGGCUGGUGAACUCCUGGAUGUAGCACUGUGUGAAGGGCUUCACUGAUCCAGCCGGGGUGCAGCUAAAACAUAGAACACAGUACAGGCCCUUCAGCCCAUGAUGUUAUGCCGACCUUUUAACCUACUCCAAGACCAAUCUAAUCUUUCCUUUUCACAUAACCCUCCAUUUUCCUAUCAUCCAUGUGAGUAUCUAAGAGUCUUUUAGAAGUCCCUAGUAUAUGUGCCUCAACCACCAUUCCUGGCAGUGCGUCCCAACAAUCUCUGUGUAAAAAGUUCACUUCUUACAUCCCUCCUCUACUUUCCUCCAAUCAUUAUACCCUCUGGUAUUUGCCAUUUCUGCCCAGGGAAAGGUCUCUGACUAUUCUCUCAAUCUAUACUUCUUAUCAUCUGUACACCUCUAUCAGGUCAGUUCUCAUCCUCCAAAGAGAAAAGCCCUAGCUUGGUCAACCUUUCUUCUUAAGACAUACUCUCCAAUCUAUGCAGCAUCCUGGUAAAUUCCCUCUGCACCCUUGCUAAAGCUUCCACACCCUUGCUAUAAUGAGAUGGCUAGAAUGGAAGUUCUCCCAGUUGUUCACAUUCCCAUGCCUCACAUCUGAUUGAGUUCUAGAUAGGACUUCAGUCUCCUACUCCCUCCCCCAGCCUUACCUUUCCUAGGUCUAGGUUGGCCAGCUUGAUUUGUUUGUUGGUCCACAUUCACCCUCCCACUCUCUGCUCUUGCCCUUUCUCUGCAUUUUCUGAUAACUUCACCUCUGAUGGUCCCUGAUCGUUUUUCCCUCUGCACGGAUGCUGCCUGGUCUUCUGAGUAUGUUUAGACAUUUAUGUGAUAAAUAAAUGAAUCUGCAUCAGCA